CCUUUAUCUUCAUCUCCUUCUUGCUUAAAAUAUUCUUCUUUAUCUGUUCUUUCUUUCUUGUUUCACUUGAGUCUUAUUCAUUCACUCGGUAGAGUAUUGCGGUAUUUAUUGAGUUGUAGAGUAACUAUGGCAACAACCAAAUUUUGCUUGGUUUUCUUUGUUACUAUGUCUAUGAUGGUGUCAAUGUCACUGGCGAUGCCAUCACUCAAAGUGGGUUACUAUCAAUCAACUUGUCCUUCUGCAGAGACCAUUGUGAGAAACGCUGUGAUCAAAGCCGUAUCAAGCAACCCUGGCCUUGCUGCUGGCCUCAUCAGAAUGCAUUUUCAUGACUGUUUUGUCAGGGGUUGUGAUGCCUCUGUCUUACUUGAUUCAACCCCCGGAAAUCCAGCAGAGAGAGACAGUCCAGUCAACAAUCCAAGCUUAAGAGGUUUUGAAGUGAUAUUUGAGGCGAAGGCCGCACUUGAAGCUCAAUGCCCACAAACAGUCUCUUGUGCAGACAUUAUUGCAUUUGCUGCUCGUGAUAGUGCUUACAAAGUUGGAGGCAUAAGUUACAAAGUUCCAUCAGGACGCCGUGAUGGUAGGGUGUCACGUGAAAAUGAGCUUCUUGAUAACCUUCCACCACCUACCUUCAAUGCUCAGGAACUCGAACAAAGAUUUGCGCAAAAAGGACUUAGUCUUGAUGAAAUGGUGACGCUUUCUGGUGCACAUUCUAUAGGAAGGUCACAUUGUUCUUCUUUCUCAAAGCGAUUAUACAAUUUUAGUGAAACAAAUCCACAAGACCCUUCAAUGGAUCCUAUAUUUGUUAGAGACUUAAAGACCAAGUGUCCACAAAAUGCUGGCAAUGUCGAUCCAAUUGUGCCACUUGAUGUACUUACACCAAAUAGGCUUGAUAAUAAGUACUAUAUAAAUCUGAAGAACCACCAUGGCUUAUUGACCUCUGAUCAAUCUCUUUUGAGUAGCCCUUCAACGGUCGGAAUUGUUAGGAAUAAUGCAAGGCAAGGAGAAAUAUGGGCUUAUAAGUUUGCAGCAGCUAUGGUGAAGAUGGGUUACGUUGAUGUUCUUACAGGAAGUCAGGGUGAGAUCAGAAAAAAUUGUAGGUUUGUGAACCAGAUAUUAUAGGUUUAUUGGUGUGACUACUAAAAUUAUUUUAUAUUAUUUUCCUACAUUAAUUCCUUAUUCAAUGUUAAUUCAAAUGUAAAUUCAUUCUUUUGUAUGUUUUUGAACAAAUUUUGUUGAGAAAUUAAU